AUGUUGCGUGCGCAAGUGAGGCGCCAUCCCCACUGGAGCAAAGAUCCGCAGCAAGCAAUAGCGUUCAGCCUUGCAACUUUGAGGCACAUCGGCACAGACAUGGGUCACCCAGCAGUUCACCCCAUUGCUGAAGAAGUUGCAGAAGCAGUUGGUCAUCGUGGUCUGGUGGGCGGCUUUUGGUCCUCCGAUGGGGAGCUUGUUGGGGAAGUGCUUCAAGCACGAGUGGCAGCCAACGAUCAGGCUCCUAGUCGUGAGGGCUACGUCUUCUGUUUCUCAGAGGAAUUCCAUUCUGUGCAGAGUGCCGCGUUGAGGACAAGGGCCGGCACAUGCAGCGACUUUGGUCUCAUCGGCGGGGAGCAGAUUGGGAAUGGAUGCGACCGCACUACAGAGCUCUUGACAUUUGGAUUUUUGGACAAUUUCAAUUUGAUUGAUUUGCAAUGGAGUUCAUCAACAUUGCAGAUGAAGACUGCUGGUUAUGACCUCAGUGCUUCAUGGACCUGGUGCAUGAAUGUCAAUGCCCUGCAUUUCUUUUGCUCUGCUCCGGAGAACGAAGAUAUGGAGAAGCACUUGAAGAACAAAGUGCUGCCUGUCACAGGUGGUUCCGGUUCCAGUUGCCUCGCAGCGUUCCACCUCGACAGGGUGCUUUGCUGUCGAAGGCCCAAGAAUUCCGCCGGUGACCGUCAGAUGGAGGCCUUGAGCGUCAGCAUGAAGUGCCAAGCGGACAAGACCAACUUUGUGGCUAUGAUCGAUGAGGUGGUGCUCUUUCCUCAGGGCGACGUGGAGGCGAGACGGGUUGAUGCGCGUGGCUGCCGCACGAGCCAUGCGGCGCCGCGGCGAGAGCGGCUAUACGACUUGCUGGUGCCCGACGUCGGCGCGAGCCUCUGUGCCAUGUGGUUGGUCCUGAAUUCGCGAUCGACUAGUUGGAAUCUGGUCGAGCGGGUCAUCUUCCCUGCGCCAAAGCCUUCCUACAGCCUCGACAGCUUUCCGCGUGAGUUGAUCCUGGUCCCACGCGAGGAUGGUCUGCAGGUGCCGUGCCUUUUCCUUCCCUUCAGACACGCACGGUUCCUCUUCAUCUACUUCCAUGCAAAUGCUGAAGAUCUGGGAUUGAGCUAUAGCUUCUGCAAAAUUCUGCGAGAUCUCUUUCAAGUGCACGUGAUGGCUGUGGAAUACCCCGGCUACGGAGUGUGUCCCGGCACCUGCGACGAGGAGGGUGUCAUGGCGAACGCCUCCGCAGCGAUGCGCUUCGUCUUGGAGACGCUUCGAUGGCCCAAAGAUGGCAUCAAGCUCUUCGGCCGCUCCUUGGGGACGGCUCCCACCAUCCAGUUGGCCACACGUGUGGAGGUUGGAGGAGUGAUUCUGGUGAGCCCUUUCACCAGCAUCAAGGAGCUUUUUCGCCACCAGCUGGGGCGCUUGGCCGAUUUGCUCUCCGAUCGCUUCAAGAACCUGGACUCGACGCCCAAGAUCACCAGUCCCACCUUGAUCAUCCAUGGCCAACAAGAUGCACUGGUGCCUCUGGAGCAUGGGAGGCUGAUCUAUGCCUCCAUCACCUGCAAGCGGAUGUUCGUGACGCCUCACAACAUGAGUCACAACACCUCGCUCCUGAAGGAUGCGGCAACCUUCAUCCUUCCAAUGACGCACUUCUUCUCCCUUCCAGACUAUACCUUCGAAGAUCUGGAGCUUCCAGAAUGGGUCUAUCCCUCACCUGGCACGUGCUUGGAAGCAGCCUCCAAAGAGAGCAGCUUCUUCUCGGCCGCGCGGCACUGCGCGCGGCCUUGCCGUCACGCGAAGACGUCCUGGGAGGACACCGUGGUGGAGCCCAUCAGCCACCUGAAGGCCAUGCCCAUGAGGCCCGAGGCUCGCAGUGCCUUUGGACAGAAGCUCCAAAGUGACCUGGAAGAUGAGCCUACCAUCACCCUGCCCUUGGGCACCGGAACAGUGCCCGCGGUCUCCUCGCUGGACAUCGACGCGGCGCCGGAGAUCCCCGAGGAGCUCAAGCCCGAAGUGCCCAAGCGCUCCAAAGGCAGCACAAAGACCCAACUCUGAGCGGUGAAAACCACCGCCCGGGGAGCUCGCGCGUGGGUGGAGUUGCCGUGGAGAGCAGGGGCGAGUUCAUGGCCUUG